GCCGGGACGGGCCGCGGCCGAGGGUGACACCGAGGUGGGCGGGAAAGCCGCGAGUGCGGGGCUGAGCCAGGAGCCAUGCACACCUCCAGACUCUUCACCCUCGUCCUGGUGGUGCAGCCGUCCCGCGUCCUCCUGGGCAUGAAGAAGCGCGGGUUCGGCGCCGGGCUGUGGAACGGCUUCGGGGGGAAGGUGCAGCCCGGGGAGAGCAUCGAGGAGGCUGCCCGCAGGGAGCUCCUGGAGGAGAGUGGACUGACUGUGGACACCUUGCAGAAGAUGGGUCAGAUCACAUUUGAAUUUGUGGGCAACUCUGAACUCAUGGACGUUCACAUUUUCCGUGCAGAUCACUUUCAUGGAGAGCCAACAGAAAGUGAGGAAAUGCGGCCCCAGUGGUUUCAGCUGGACGAGGUGCCCUUCCAUUGCAUGUGGCCAGAUGACAGCUACUGGUUUCCCCUGGUGCUUCAGAGAAAGUUGUUUCGUGGCUAUUUUAAGUUCCAAGGACAAGACACCAUCCUGGAGCACAGCCUGAAAGAAGUGGAGGAAGUUUAAGAAAGCAGAAGCAUUCAGCCCACAUGCUACUGCCCACAUUGGGCUACAGCAUCCUGAGUGUGACUUGUGAGGGUCUUGUUGCUCAGCUCCAGAACACAAGACUUAUUUUCCAGAUCACUGGAAAGUAAGGGGGUUUUCCUAUGCUGUGAAGUCCCUGGUUGUGGUAGGCUUUGGUGGUUAUGUCAUCACAGCUAUUAAAAACUUAACUGUUAA